UACAGGCCGCUUUUUAUUGAUCCUGAGAGAAAGACUGUUUUCACAGCAGCAGAGGGUGUAAGCACAAAAGUUCAUAGUCUACUGCGAUGUACCGCCCGUGAACAUUAUCACAUGGCCGGAUCUACCAGAUACCAGGCUGACCAGAGACGAUGGAAAAAAGAAAAUCAAAUUGAAUCAAUUGAAAGUGAGAUGCCAUCCAAGACAACUUUCUAUCAGUCAUAUACUGUCUAUGUUCAGUAUAUCCUCAAGAGCGGCCGAGAAAAUAGUUAAAAAAAGAAGAAAGCUGCCCCCAAGGCUGCAACCAA